AGGUUUAAAAACUGCUGAUUCUCCUUGGGUAAAUGAGCAAGAAAUUUAAGAUGAAAUUACAAAAUCGUGGAGGAAAGCUGUAAAGCCAAGAAUGAACAUGCAAGGUUUAAAAAUGUCUGAUCUGAAAAAUAUUGUACACAGAACCCAUUGUAUAGAAAAACUGCUGUCUGAGAACAAUUUGCAAGAUAUUGAGGAUCAUCUUAAAGGACUUGAAGAUGUUGAUAUGACUGUAGAAUAUCUUCAGGGGACAGAAGUUACCAAGGCUGUAUAUAGAGUACUCAAGAGCUGCCCUUCAGGAGAGUUGAAAAAGAAAGCAAAGCAGUUAUUGUCAAGGUGGAAAGCACUUUACAAGAAUAACUGUGCUCAGUCAGUGCAAGUUAAAAAGUCAGUUUCUGUGUAUGUGAAAGAAGAAACUGAGUAUCUCGGUGUAGUUCCUAAAGAGCAGUCACUGUCUGAAGGUCCAUGUCAGCAGGAGGUAUUAGAUAGUACUAGUUCCAACAUUUUGGUCCCAUCACAAACUGUUAAAAAUGCAGUAUGUAACAAUGCAGAAGGUGGUAUGAAUCAGCAUCCUUCUUUUGAGGAACAGCACACUGUUCAUGAAGAUUCUAAAUCUGUUGUUAGCGAAGCAAGUCUGCAGCAGGAUCUGAUGAGAGCUCUGAGGUGUAAAUGUGUGGAUCUUCUUUAUAAAGCUUUGAUUAGUUCUGCCAAAGAUGAAGAAGAAACUGUUAAAUGGCUAGAGUUAGCUAAAGAAAUUGAAGAACAUGUUUUUGCUCUUAAUGCUAAAAACAAUAAAAAGUACAAAAAUUGCAUCAGAAGUAAAAUCUCUAACCUUAAGAACCCUAAAAGUUUUCACUUAAAACAUAGCCUUUUUUCAGGAACUUUGAGCCCAAAGGCUUUUGCUGAGAUGACGGUGAUGGAAAUGGCCAGCGAUGAACUGAAACAACUCAGGGCUCUGUACACAAAAUCAUCUCUUCAGGAACAUCAGCUUCCGCAGGUUAUUAAUGGCACACAGACAAACAAAAUAAAGUGCAGACGCUGUGAAAAAUUUGAUUGCACUGUCACUAUGAUUGCCAGAGGAACUCUCUUUCUUCCAGCUUGGGUGCGAAACACAAAUCCAGAUGAACAAAUGUUGACUUACGUUAUUUGUAAUGAAUGUGGAGAACAGUGGUAUCACAGCAGAUGGAUUUGUUUGUAAUGCUAUCCCUCCUUAAUAAGGGACUUGGAAAAGCCUAUGAGAACAUACCUCUGUUGACACUGUAAUUUUAAAUUCUGUGCUGAUAGUAUGUGGGUGCUGCCACUAAAAACUGCUAAAUUGGUUUUAAAAAACUGCUAAUGUAUUUUUAAAGAUGGCUCGAAUGAAUCUUACAUGUUUUUGAGUAGUGCGAAUAUGUGAAGAAAUAAAAAGUUAAAGGGGAAAAAAUGGUUACACU